CGGGUGGUUCUGGUUCAACUUCUUUGCUACCAUCACUGCAGCUGGCAGCUAAUGAUAGAAGUUAGAAACACAAACAUAUUCUCAGAGUUACUUCUCCCUCAGUGGGUGACAGCAUAAGUGAAACAUAUGGGUAAAAUUACAGUCCUAGACAUUGUUCAGCGAUGGAGCCCAGAGUUUGUUAAAGGUUGUCUUUCGGCAUAUGAAGAACAUAUUUGCAUCUCGGCUGCUCUUUACGUCUUGUCUGCUUUGAUACUACUGGUUUCCUGUUCACUUCUUCUUUAUCACAGAUGCAAAACGCGAAGCAAGAGUUUGGGUGAUGAAGCAGUCUGCGCUUUGUAUUGUUUCGUGGGGAACUUGUGCGGCGCAGUGGGUGCUUUGCUUUCCAAACAGUUUGAUUUUCAGAUUUCUAUGGCUUCGUAUAUGGCAGUUUUGGAUGUUAUCCAUCUCCUGUCAUUAUCUUUCUCCAUUUAUUUGUGGUAUAAGUCUAAAAUUGGAAAAAAAAUGAGAAUGGUGUCCAGGAGGAGGAGGCAGAAUUUUCAAGUUGUGUCUCUGCUGUUUGUAAUGGGCGGCUGCGUUUACCUGGAUUUACAUGUCCAUUCAAGUCCAGAAAUGGUAUCUCCAACCAUGAGGAGACCACUUGGCAUGUUCCUUGAUGACCAUACAGAGAACCUUGGUUACGUGUUGGGUCUUCUGUCCUUCGCAAUCAGCUGGACUGCAAAGUUUCCCUUCAUUCUGAAAGCUAAUAGAGGAGAGCAGAAUUCUGCAGUGCAGGUGUCCUCUAGAGUUCUGUCUUCUGUAGCUGGAUCUCUGUAUGCCUCGGCCAUUCUUCUCUAUGACACACAGCUGAGAUCUGUAAUCAAAGCAAUGCCGUGGAUACUCUCUGCUAUCAGCUGUGCGGUUCUGGAUCUUUCUAUUGUGGUCCUCAUCUGUUACAGAUCCAACCAUAAACGCCCUUCUGUCCGGUCUCUAGACUCGGAUACUGAGUCUUUACUAGGUGACUCUUCUGUCAAGGGUCAGCUGUGCAACAACAAUGUUGAAUGCUGCAGGAAGAAGCACCUCUCAGCAAGAGGGAUUUCUCCCAAAGGGACUGACAUGGGACUUUACAUGGAUGUCAACAUACAGCCAAUCAGGAAGGUUUGUCUCAAGGAGGUCACUAUCUCACGGGACGGCUCAUCCGAGAGUCUUCCGCUAAGGAGGACCGUCAGGGUGGUGCGGGUUGAUGAACAGUGUUCCUCUGAUACCUCGACCGAUUCGUCCUCUAUUGGCUCUGAACUAGAGUGGGACCUUGAAGAAACAAAAACACCAUGGAUCCCAGUAGAGGAAGCUCCAGAAGAUCUGCAGAAAGCAGAGGCGUCCCCUCUCAAGGAGUAACCAGCAAAUUCGAUUUCAGAAUCAACCGGCAGACCUGGUUCUCGGAUCUGCUUCUGCGACCCCGCACAGCUAGCAGAAAAGUUAGUGUCCACAUAAUCAGACGACUAAACCUGGUGCCACUGACUCUGUUGAAUGGUUUCAUGAUUUGAGUGUUUUUGAAGUUUAAUAAAGCAGUGUAAAACUGGAUGUCGUUCAUAUACUACUUCAUAUAAA